AUGGUCAAUUUAGCUCCCAAAGCAGAACUAAUUUAAUUUUUUCGGCACAGAAACUCAUCGGAAUCAAAUCCGUUGUAAUUUAGCACCAGGUAGCUAUUAACAGAUAUUGUGAUUAAACCUUACUUUAAUGUUGAAAUUUAUUAAUUAAAAUUAAGUUAAUUGUACAUAUAUACAAUUGUAACUUCUAGUCAUAUAUUUCUGACAAGCUACCUGGUCGCACGCGUGUUCCCACCAACUUAAAUGUUUUGCUUAUAUGUAAUGACUUGUACUUGGUUAACAUCACUGUGAAAUUGUAUUUGGAAGAAUUCAUGUUACUAUCCGCGUAAGUGUUUCAUACAUUGACGUUAGGAAUGGCUUCUUUAAGAUUAUUGGCAGCUAGUGCAAGUGCUGUGGGGGCAGGUGUUCUUACUAAUUAUUACUUCACAAACGACAAUACAGUUCAUGCGGAAAAACUCUCUAAACCAGUAAAACGACCUCUUCCUUCAAGAGAAGAACAAUUAAAAGCUCUUAAAUCUGGAGAGCAAUACGACGUUAUUAUAGUUGGAGGAGGUGCAACAGGUGCAGGAUGUGCUCUCGAUGCGUGCACUCGAGGUUUAAAGACAGCUUUGAUUGAAGCUGAUGACUUUGCGUCAGGAACAUCGUCACGUAGCACGAAAUUAAUUCAUGGUGGAGUAAGAUAUUUACAAAAAGCAAUUAUGCAAUUCGACGUUGAACAAUAUAAGAUGGUAAAGGAAGCUCUUCACGAAAGAGCACAAAUGCUUUAUAGUGCUCCUCAUCUUGCACAUCCUUUGCCCAUCAUGUUACCAGUCUACACAUGGUGGCAAAUACCAUAUUAUUGGUUUGGUAUUAAAAUGUACGACCUUGUAGCUGGCAGCAAAACUGUUAAAUCUUCAUAUUAUUUAAGUAAACAAAAUGCUCUAGAAUUAUUUCCAAUGUUAAAAGGAGAUAAACUCACCGGAGCGAUUGUAUAUUACGACGGUCAACAAGACGAUGCCAGAAUGAAUCUUGCAGUAGCUCUUACAGCAUCACGACUCGGUGCUACAGUAGUUAAUCAUGUUAAUGUUCUAAAUCUGUAUAAGGGUCUAGAUCGAGAUGGAAAAAGAGUUCUCAAUGGUGUUCGAGUUAGAGAUGAAUUAACAGGCGAAGAGUUUGACGUUAAAGCAAAGGCAAUAAUUAACGCAACGGGUCCCUUCACUGACAGUAUUCGCAAAAUGGACGAUGCCAGUAUUCCGGAAAUAUGUUGUCCAUCAUCCGGCGUUCACAUUGUUCUGCCUGGUUAUUACAGCCCUGAUCAGAUGGGUUUGCUUGAUCCAGCAACUAGCGAUGGAAGAGUAAUUUUCUUCCUGCCUUGGCAAAAGCAGACAAUCGCUGGAACGACGGAUCUUCCUUGUCAGAUAACUCAUAAUCCAAAACCAACAGAAGAUGAGAUUAUGUUUAUUCUUCAGGAGGUGAAAAAUUAUUUAAAUCCUGAUGUUGAGGUGCGUCGUGGUGAUGUACUCUCGGCUUGGAGUGGAAUUCGACCCCUUGUUUCCGAUCCAAACAAACCCAACACUCAAUCCCUCGCUCGAAAUCAUAUUGUUCAUGUCAGUCCAACGAAUCUUGUAACUAUCGCCGGUGGUAAAUGGACCACUUAUCGAGCAAUGGCCCAAGAAACAAUUGACGCGACAAUUAAAGCGUGCGACUUGGAACCAGAAAGACCUUGUCAAACAGAUGGUAUGCUUUUGGAAGGAGCUCACGGAUGGACGCCAACCAUGUAUAUUCGAUUGGUACAAGAUUUUGGAUUAGAAUGUGAAGUCGCUCAGCAUUUGGCAAAAAGUUAUGGAGAUCGUGCCUUUGCAGUGGCAAAAAUGGCUUCAUUAACUGGCAAACGUUGGCCGAUUAUUGGCAAAAAGAUUCAUCCCGAAUUUCCUUACAUCGACGCCGAGAUUCGAUAUGGAUGUCGUGAGUAUGCAAGAACUGCAAUCGAUAUGAUUGCUCGACGUUUGCGACUUGCGUUCCUCAAUGUACAAGCAGCACAGGAAGCACUUCCUGGCAUUGUCGACAUUAUGGCCGAAGAAUUACAUUGGUCAGCUGAUGAAAAAAAGAAACAACAAAAGGAAGCAAGCGAUUUUCUCGCUAAUGAAAUGGGUCAAGUUGUCAAUCGUGCUUCACGCGAUAAAAUUCCUAUUAAUCUUACCAAAGAUGAAAUUCAACUCUACAUCAAACGUUUCCAGAUCAUUGACAAAGAUCGCAAAGGAUACGUCUCAAUUAACGAUAUUAGACGAGGUCUUAAGCUCUUUGGCGACAAGGACGUACCGGGUGAGGAACUUCAUGAAAUCCUCCGCGAAAUCGACACUAAUAUGAACGGUCAAGUCGAGCUGGACGAAUAUCUUCAGAUGAUGUCGGCAAUCAAGUCGGGACAUGUUGCUUAUUCGCGAUUUGCAAGAAUGGCAGAAAUGGAGGAAGCACAACAUGAAAAAGAUGCUCUCAAGAAGAAGAUCAGCGUGGAGAGAUCUGGAGGUGGCCUGUAAAGAGUCACAAACCAAAAAAAAUAAAAAAAAAAAUAAUCGUUCGCACAUCCUUUUAGUAUCACAUGAAACUCAGUAAAUACAUAUUCACUGUACACUCUCUUUUACUUCUUUCUUCUUUAUCUCAUUCACUAUAUACAUUAUUUAUUUUUAGAAUUCUAAGUUUCUGAAUUUUCCUCUCAUUGUCAAAGCGAUUCUCUUAUCUGCAAAAAAAAAAGAAAAAAAAAAACUAUAUCAAAUGAGUCAUAUACUGAUGAAAAUACAAAAUAUAUAGGCUUUACAAGCAAAAGUAUUAUAAGCUUUAAGAUUAUUAUAAUAUGAAAAAUAUUUAUUUGACUAUAAUAUGCAUAAGACUGUAAACACUCGAUCAACUUUUUAAAGAAUUGUGCAUUAAAAAAAAGACAUUGUUAUUAUAUCGUUUAUGUUAGAAAAAAGCUUUUCGAAAAUCUUUUACAAUUUAUCGAUAGGCAUGAAUUUAGAAAAAAAAAAUUUACUUAAUUUUAUGUAAAGUAUAAUAUGUACAUAAAUUUAUUAUCAUUUAAUAAUAAUAAUAAUAAUUAAGUUAUCCGUUAUAUUGUGAGAUCGCACGUGCCUGUAUUUUUUUUCUGUAAUUUAUUUUUUUUUGUCAUCACUUCAUACAUAAAUAUAUAUAUAUAUAAUAGCCCUAUUGCUAAUAAUGAAUUUCACAUUUGUUCGAACGACAAUUUUUUGAUUCGCUGGACGACAAGCAAUAAUAACGAAAUAUACGAUAUAAAUAACGCUCCUA